GUAAAUCAAAAUAACACACGGCAAUUAAGAAAGAGAGAAAGAGCCCAAACCCCAACUUUUACGAUUUAUUUGAGGUGUACGAGUAUAGACUGACAAUCUCCCACUUCUCCACCAAUGACAACUCUUUAUCCUGUUUUUUUUUUUUAAUAGAAGGAAGAGCCUUUCCCAUAGGACAAUGAAAAGAGCCUCAUCUAAAGCUCCCCAGUCUUGACUCCAAAUAGCUUCCCUUCCUGUCGGCUUUACCUUCCUUAAUGGGCAAAUCACCCAACCCCAGGAAACGUCAAAAGCUGGUAGCCCACCGCAACCACCAGGAACUGCAAGAGCAGCCUCUAAUACCACGCCUGCCGGAUCACGUUGCUGAGCUGUGCCUCUCGGGUGUUCAUCCUUCCUUGCUUUACUCCAUUUGCCGGUCAUGGCGGCGCGUAAUCUACUCGCCUAUUGUUCCUCCUUUCCCCUCUCUCUACACUCUCUUCUCAUCAUCAAGUAAUGAAAUCCAGUUGUUGAGCUUUGAUCCGAUGUCGUCCAAGUGGGAAGCGGUCCCUCCACCCCCUGGCCCUCUUCGUCUCCUUGUGCGUCACCCCGCUUUCAUAUCCCGCAACCUCCCUGUUCAAUCCAUUUCAGUCUCUGGUAAUCUUGUCCUUUUAGCCGCAACUGCCCCCAAUUUUAAUCCAGCCCUCUCUCACCCCCUCAUAUUCUCUCCACUCUCUCGCUCAUGGAGGUCGGGUCCUGCAAUGGCCACUCCGCGUCGCUGGUGUGCAGCAGGGGCAUCUGGCCCCACCAUUUACGUGGCUAGUGGGAUUGGAUCCAACUUCUCCACGGACGUAGCUAGGUCUUUGGAGAGGUGGGACUUGGAGGACGAUGAAAUGAAUGACACCAGAUGGAAGAAGAUGAGACAAUUGAAAGACGGGAGAUUCAGCAGAGACGCCAUCGACGCAGUUGGUUGGAGACGGAAGCUGUGUAUGGUGAACGUGGCUAAACAAGGGACUGUUUACGAUGUAGAGAAUGACAUAUGGGAAAACAUGCCGGAGGGCAUGGUGGCUGGCUGGAGAGGACCCGUAGCUGCCAUGGAAGAGGAAGUAUUAUACGCUGUGGACGAGGGUAAGGGAGUACUCACGAGGUAUAACCAAGACAGCGAUGAUUGGGGGGAGAUAAUGGAGUCGGAGAGGCUUAAAGGGGCACGCCAAAUGGCUGCUGCUGCUGGAAGACUAUGCGUUAUUUGCGGUGACGGUGAGAUUCUAGUCAUCGAUGUGGUGGUGGCGCCACCCAGAUUCUGGGUAGUGCAGAGGCCGUCGGGGUUGGAACCGUUGGCGGUUCAUGUCUUGCCCAGGAUGAGCCGCCUUGAUUUUUAAUUGGCGACAAUGGCCUGGCGUCCUCGGGUUUGGAAUGAUCUGUUUUUGCUCAACUACUAGUUGCCGUAUUGGAAAAUUCACUGAAAAAUUUUUUUUCGAUCUUCUUUGAGACGUAUAGAAACGAAAGUGAAAAUUUGUCGAUUAUCGGAACAAAAUGCACUGUAGACGACACUGAAAUUGAUAUUUCUUUGUUGACAACUUGUUUGUUUGAUCAUUGAAUGAUGUUCUCAGAAGGAAUACGGAACCUUGCGGAGCCAUGAAAAUUUACACUACUUCCAGAACUAUUUUUUGGAAUUAAAAGACUCAUUGUCAUUGUUUUAGGUAUUAUUAUCUGGUCGAGAAAGUGAAAUUUUGUCUUUUUUUGAGAAAAUGCAUUGCGAAAUGAGCAAGUAGUUGAACCGUCUCUAGAAGUUUUAGAUGCACUUCGUAAUUAUGAAAAUGAUGUUGUCUAGGGUUGGCAA